AUGAUCCCUCACCCGUCCACAAACCCUUUGCUUGUCUUACUGUCGGUCUUUCCACUCACCUAUGAGCCUAAUGUUCACUCGCAAACACAGCUGAUCGAGUCCGAGGUGGCUGCAACGGGCAAUGUGUCGGCGAAUGUGUUUAUGAUGUACUUUGAAUCGAUGGGCUACCUGACGUGCAUUGCCAUUCUCGUCACCUACAUCUUCUCCCAGAUAUUCCAACUGUCUAGUAGUGUGUGGCUGUCGCAUUGGUCCUCAGUGUCCUCUGCAGACCCGGUCUUUGCGAACGAGCAUUGGGGCUAUUAUCUGGGCAUUUACGGCGCCUGUGGUAUCGGAUUCUCACUGUUCACGGUGUUUGUGGUCUUUAUCUCCGCCAUUGGUUCCAUCACUGCAUCUCAGCUUAAACGACUGGAUUCUGUAUCGCGUUCGCCCAUCUUUGCGCAUUUCGGUGAGACGCUCAACGGGGUGUCGACUAUCAGGGCUUACAAGGCUGGCGACCGCUUUAUCAAUAUGUUUGAGCAGCAUCUCAAUCACAACCAGAAGGUACUACGUUGCCGAUAG